AUGGAUACUUAUAUUGGGUGCUGCAGAUUGGUGUUUGGUGCUGCAAUUCUCUUCCUUCUUGGCUUCUGCAACUCCGACACAGCUCCAAACUUCACCUUCAUGCACAAUGCAAGAAGAGCCCCAGCCAUAUCAUACUACGACUACAUUAUAGUGGGUGGAGGCACCGCCGGAUGUCCCUUGGCUGCCACUCUUUCCCAAAACGCCAGUGUUUUGCUACUCGAACGUGGCGUCUCACCCUAUGGCAACCCUAACAUUACCAAUUUGGAUGCCUUUGGGGCAUCACUCGCUGAUCUUUCUCCCACCUCCCCCUCCCAACGGUUUGUCUCUGAAGACGGUGUUAUCAACGCUCGCGCUCGUGUUUUAGGCGGCGGAAGCUGCCUGAAUGCAGGAUUUUACACACGCGCUGCCACAGAUUAUGUCAGGGAGGCGGGUUGGGACGGACGAUUAGUAAACCAAUCAUACGAAUGGGUGGAGCAGCUUGUGGCGUUCCGGCCACCAAUUCGAGGGUGGCAGUCUGCAGUGCGUGACGGUCUGUUGGAAGCCGGUGUGGUACCAAACAACGGGUUCACUUACGAUCACAUCUAUGGCACCAAAGUUGGAGGAACCAUUUUUGAUGUUGAGGGGCAUAGACACACCGCUGCCGACUUACUAGAGUACGCUGACUCCACUAGGCUCACUGUACUCUUGCACGCCACUGUCCAUAAGAUCUUGUUCAGAACAAGAGGGAAGACAAGGCCACUGGCCCAUGGUGUGGCGUUUAGAGACGCAUCUGGAGCCCAACACAAAGCAUACCUCAAGGAAGGAUCCAAUAACGAGAUCAUUAUAUCAGCCGGGGCAAUUGGAAGCCCACAGAUACUGAUGUUGAGUGGAGUAGGCCCUGAAGAGCACCUUAAGGCCUAUAACAUCACCGUCGUGCUCAACCAACCCAUGGUUGGCCAAGGCAUGUCGGACAACCCCAUGAAUGCCAUUUUUGUGCCUUCACCUAGACCCGUCGAGGUGUCGCUCAUCCAAGUCGUCGGCAUCACCUGCUUCGGAAGCUACAUUGAAGCCGCCGGAGGUGAAAACUUCUCUCCGAGGAACUACGGGAUGCUCUCUCCUAAGAUUGGCCAGCUCUCCACAUUGCCACCAAAGCAAAGGACGCCGGAAGCGCUAGCGGAAACUGUGGAGUUCAUGAACAGUCUUGAUGAAAGAGCCUUUAAGGGAGGCUUCAUCCUUGAAAAGAUCUUAGGCCCAGUUUCCACAGGCCAUUUGGAGCUCCAAACCCUAAACCCUAACGACAACCCCUCUGUCACCUUCAACUACUUCCAAGAUCCCGUAGACCUGGAGAGAUGUGUUCAAGGCCUUCGAACCAUAGAAAAGUUGGUUGAAUCAAAGGCAUUCUCCAAUUUCCGAUUCGACAACAUGUCGAUACCAACUCUGCUCAACAAUACAGUCCGAGCCCCCAUCAAUUUGCUGCCUAAACAUGAGAAUUCGUCGAGGUCUCUGGAGCAGUUCUGUAAGGACACUGUGAUGACCAUCUGGCAUUACCAUGGAGGAUGCCAAGUUGGGAGAGUUGUUGAUCAGCAAUACAAGGUUCUUGGUGUUGAUGCUCUUAGGGUCAUCGAUGGCUCCACGUUUAACUACUCACCUGGGACUAAUCCUCAAGCCACUGUUAUGAUGCUUGGAAGGUACAUGGGACAGAUAAUACUGAACGAGAGACUCGCUGCUGAUGAAUCGAAGUGA